AUGACUCGUCCUCUUCCGCCCGUGUCCGAAAUGGAUGCUGAUCCUGAAUUGCGGGAUAUUCAGGCACGAGUACGAACAGAAAUACUACAUCGACAUUUGGCACCCUAUAUUAACUCGGUAUGUUGUGAUUUUUGGGUAUAAUUAUUGUUUUAUGUUUAGAUUUUGCAAUUAAAACGAGACUUUAAACCGAAUGGACCAACUGAUGUGAGUGCAAAGACUUUGCUUCAAAUUGUACACGAUAAAACAAUGUUUUUGCUCAAACAUUCAGAUCAGUUGAUCAAGGAGAAGGCAAAACAUAUCACUGAAGAAUCAGUUCAACAGCUCGAUGUUGCUUUACAAGGUGUUCAAAACACUGGUGAGUAUUUAUAAAUGGCUUUUUUAGUUUUGGGUUGAGUAUGCCAUUAAUAAGGAGCUGGGUAAAAUGUAAACUUUUUACUGUUGCUAUCUAAAAUAAUGCCUAAUUUUAGCAAAUGAUGUGUUGACUGUCGGCCAAGUGUUUGCCGAGAAUACUAGUGAAACAGAGAGUAGAUACAAGUUGAUUGGUGCUGCUGAACUGUUUAUCAAAGCCUUGGCUGAGCUUUUGUUAGCAGCAGAUCUUGUUGAAGUUAACAAUGUUAAAGAACGAGUCAAUAUUGUAAGUUAUUUUAUAAUUUUGUUGAGUUUUAGAUAUGAAUCAUAAUGCUGAUGAACUUUUCGAAAGUUUUGUUUAAUAGUUUAAACAAUGCUUAGAUACUUGUUACCUAAAUUUAUUUUUUUGCUUUUGCUUCUAUAAGCAUGGUUUUUGGAUGUAAUUUUGAAUUAUGAUUGAAAUUAUAACGCUUUUUUUAAAUGUUAUUCCAGGUAUUCCGACGUCUUGAGAAUGCUCAAAAAGCUCCAACAAAAGAAACUUUUAUUCAAACUACAAAGAAAUUGGAAGUUGAUAUUGACGAUUUGAUUGAAGUAACUCGACGAAGACUCGAGAAGUCUAGGACUCCAGAUGAUCGUGAUAAUCUACAAGCUGCUUUACAUCUGGUUAAGAGAAGUGUGCCAAUUAUGGUCACAUCUACAUUGGCUUCGUUUAGCAACAAGAAUUCGGCUGAAGUGGAAGAAAACAAAAAGUUUGCUUUUGGGAAUGUUCACUCUGGUCUUGAAGGUAUUGUAGCGGUUUUGAAUGGUCAACAACCGAAUAGAAGAGUUGGGCUGAGCUUGGGGGCUAAUCUGGACAAACUUAUUAAUGGAUUGGAGAAGUUUAGAGUAGGUUUUUGGAGGUUUUAUUAAUAUUUUUGUUGUGUUAGAUUUUGUGAUAGAUCUAAAGCUUUGAUUUUUUUUUUUGAUUUUAUAAAUUUGAUAAAAAAAUAUUAUAGUAUGAGAAUUUACAUAACUCUUGUGUCUUUUUACAGGCCAGUGUCUGCAUUGACCCAAGUCAGUACCGAAAACAUGAACAUCGUACAAAACUGGAAGAAUUACUUGAACGUAUAGUAGUGAUGUUGGCAGAUGUAGCUGAUCAACCUUUGACAAGUUCGAAACGUCGUCAAGAGAUUGUUCAAGGAGCUAAUAACCUUCGACAAGCUCUACAAGACUUACUGACAGAAUAUGAACGUUAUCAACCGAAUGGCAGAACAGAAGAUUUGGAUAUGGCAUCAGUACAUCUUGAUCACAACCUCAAGAACCUGCGAAGACAUUUGAGACGAGCUAUUGUUGACCAGGUCUCUAAUACCUUUAGUGUACUAGAUACACCACUUGAGUUACUGGUUAAGAGUGCUUUAGAAGGUCAAAGGCAGGAGACCAUUAAGAAUGCUGACAUUUUCAAAUCUUAUUCAGAAGACAUGGCAAGAGUAGCCGAGCUAGUAUGUAAAAUGUCACCCGAUCCAGAAGGCGUGGGUAUGUUAAAGUACUCAGCUUUCUUGCUACAAGAUGUCACGCCACAGGUUGUGAAUGCUGCUGUUUUGGUGUCUUUGAAGCCCAAUAGAAGCAACGACGAUCCAGCUGUUCAGAAUCUUCAUCAGUUUAAGGAAUUGUGGAGGGAGAGAGCGAAAGCCUUGAAGAUAGCUAUGGACUCGCUAAUUGCCAUGGAUGAUAUGGUGGCAGUUACGGAACAGCACAUUAUUGAUGACUUGGGUAAUGGAUUCACGGUAGGUUUAUAGUAAUUGGCUUUUUUGGGAUUUGAGGAAUUGAAUUUUAGGAUUUUAAACCCUUUUUUAGAAAUUGUUUGUGCCAGCCAGCUGUGUAUUUUUAAACUUUUUAUGAGGUUGCAGAAUUGACGGACGCUAUUUUUGCUUUGUAUGCUAUUUAAAAUGGUAAAUUUCAGGCGAUUGAAACGGCCGACGCACAGUUAUUGGACAUCGCCGUAGGCACGAUACGUGGACGCUGCGUCAGGUUGACAGAUAUGGUGGAUUCAGCGUUGGAAGAACUGCCGAUGGUACCUCAUUCUUACACCGAAGCUUUGAAAAAAGCGUCGAUACACUUGAAGAACGGUACGUUUUUUAUUUUUUUACAUCAUUUCUUUUUUUACUGAGCGUUAUAAAAGUAGGAUAUUAAGUUCGAUAUCAACUUCUAAAUAAUUUAGUUUAUUAUAAUAAAGAAAGGAGUUAUAAGGUGAAAAUAGUCAAGAGGGACCUUUUUAUACGGAUUAUAAGAAGAUUUUCGCUUUUUAGUUUUGCCGACCUUCGAAGACAAGGCUGGCAAUCUGAUACAUCGAGUGGACCAAUUGGACCCAAGCAACGACGAAGAGAAGAACUCUUGUUAUGAAGAGCUAACACAAUGUGUGGACCUGGUUCAUGGAGCUGUGGUCAACAUCAGACAUGCUCUUCUCAUGAACAGGAAUCUAGAAGAUGUGGAUUCGGAUAAUGAGUAUGAUGAAGGUAAGAGCUGAAAGUUUUGUUUUUAAGAUUAUAUUUGUGAAGAAUUGGUGAAAACAUUCAUUAGAAUUUGAGCUUUUCAGGUAAUAUAUUUAUAAUAAUAUUAAAAAUUACUUUCAGAUGGUGGAACAACCGCUGUUGGAGACCAAAGAAGCCAGGUAUCAGAUGGAGAUGCCGACAAUCAACAAAGAAUCAUGCGACAUUUGCCAGAGGAAACGAAACGAGAAAUCAAAAAACAUUUGUCUAUCUACAAGGUGGUACAACAGAACUUGGUAUACGAAGUCUCGAAGUGGGAUGAGGAAAGCAAUGACCUCAUUUUGUUAGCGAAACAAAUGAUCAAAAUCAUGAAUGACAUGACUGACUUUACUAAUGGCCGAGGACCCUUCAGAACCACGAUGGAUGUCAUCAAUGCGGCCAAGGAGAUCUCGGAGAAGGGCAAAGAGUUGGAGAAGAUUGCCAGAAGUAUUGGGGACGAGUCAGUGGAGAGUCAAACGAAACAGGACUUGUUUAGUUAUAUUGAGAAGAGCAUUCUGUUUUGUCAUCAAUUGAGCUUGACUAGUCGGGUAGGUUAAUGUUGAGGGUUUGGGGUUAAAUGGAGUUUAUUUUAAGCUUAAAUUGAGUUUUUUUAAAAGAAUUUUGGCUAUUUGUGUCAUUUUGUUUAAUAUUAUACUAGGUUUUGAUAGAUCAAUGCUUUUUUUAAUCGGUUGUUCUUAAAAUUUACAAAACCUCAAUUUAGGUGAAAGCCGAGAUCAAAAUGGUCGAAAACGAAGCUCAAGUCAGUGGAAUGGACUCGGUCUAUUCCCUGAUUCAAAACGCCAAAAACGUACUAGGAGCCGUACUGUCGAUAGUAAAGCUCGCCUUCAUUGCCAGUACUAAAUACAGAAAGAAGGCCAACAACCAAAGUCAAAUCAAAAUGGAAUGGAGAAGUGCCCGACCUCAAGCCUCCGCCUUCUCGGCCGAAGCCGUGCAACAGUCACGGCAAGCACAGAUUGUCAGAAGACGAUCGGACAGAAGAUCACUGGCACCACUACGUCAGGUUGGAGGGGCUAGGAUUUAUUAA